UCCGACGAGCAGGUUUCUGUGGCCGAGUUUGGGGGGGUGGAAUUACGGGGACGAGUAGGUAUAUGCAGGCGGGUGCCCGAUAAUCCACCGCAGGCACGCCUCCAUUCCUCCGAACAUUGUUCUCUAUCACAAGACCUCAUCAACUGCUACUCACUCAACACGUGAAACGCGAUUAACAAACCAUACACGAUCCGCGAGAGCAAGGAGGAGGAAGGAAAAGAAGAGGCGCCUCGAAGCUCCCACAUAUUACCAAUUCCUGAUCAAACCUCACUCUUAACAUCAUUCGUCUGUCUGUCCGUCACCGAGCAGAGUCGCAAUUCGCAUCGCUACGCUCCUCCUCCCCCCCCUUCCCAAAUUAAUAUGGCCGUCACGCGCUCGUCGACCGGGCAUUCCAAGCCGCGCAUCCACUUGAGCGUGUCGACGGAACCGGAGCGCAGAUCGAACGCCGCCGGUGCCAAGAAGCACUCCGCCGGUGCCCGCGCCGGCACCGGCGUCCACAAACAGAAGAGGGCACCGCCGGCCACCCACCACAAGCGGAAGCCGCGCCUGGGCGACAAGAUCGAAGGCGCGGCCCAGAAGGCGGUCGGAAAGGUGACCCGCAGGCCCGGAAAGAAAGCCGCAGGCACCCGGAAGAUGCGCGGGACCGAUGGGAAAGGCAGCCGGGCGAAACGGGUAUACUAAGGCCAUCUAGACGGGCGUCUUCCCUCCCUCGGGCCGUCCGACUAAGACUCGAUAUGGGACCGCCGCACGAUAUGUGCUAUACGUCCUCCGUCAACAGGAAAUCUACACGAAUCCCCAGCCCUGCGGGAUUUCCAACGAAUCGGAGGGGGUCAUCUGGGUUUCUCCGCAAGGAUAUCUGAUGCUGUGCCAGCUUGGGAACCCGUAUCACGAGAUGGGUCCUCUCUGACGCAGGAGGUGACUUUUAAGUACAGAGGAAAUUAUAAAUAUUGCCAUCUCGUCGUUUCUA